AUGAGCAAGGUCGAGAAGAAAUGCCCGGUGUGCUACCAGAAGCUGCCGAACCCGGCAGAUGUUCUGGGUCCGAUGGACAAGGAGUUGAACUAUUUCAUGUGGAUGCCAGGCUUCGAGUGGCGCCCGGAACCGAAGGUGGGGGAGUACGAUGGUGCCUGUGAGUCGCCCUCUUGCCGCGAGGGGGGGCGCCCUGCGGCAGACGAAGACAUGCAGGAGGCUCUCGAGGAGAUGGUGGAGGCCGACGAAAUGUAUGCGCGCUUCAACGCGAGAGCUUCGGGAGGAAAGGUAUCCACGGGAGACGCCAUGAUUCUCGCGCGCCAGCUCGGACUUGCCCCGUCCUACGCAGACAAACAGGCCUUUGAGGAAAAGAGCGGCGACAACCUUGACUACGCCAGCUUCCAGAAAUUCGUUGGCACCAGCACCCACCCCGAAGACAACAUCGAGGACCUCGUCGAAGCCUUCGCAUACUUUGACGUCUCUAAGCACGGUUACCUGACGCGCAAGCAGAUGGGGAACAUCCUCAUGACCUACGGAGAGCCUCUCACCACAGAAGAGUUUAAUGCCUUGGCUGCGGAGUACUUCACAAGUGACCAGAUCGACUACAGGCAAUUCUGCAAGGCAAUGCUCGAGCGAAGGGAGUAA